UGGUUUUCUCAUAUAGUACUGCAGUGAAGAUCGGGAAGUGCGCUGUUUGUUGGAUACAUGAUGGCGCAAAACUCAAGAUUGUUUGAGGCGGACAGUAAAUGUGCUGAUCCAAAGGACGAUCAGGACAGCACAAGAUCUUUAGAUGGUUUCCAGACUUCAUCAUCCUCACUGAAGAGACACAGGGACGGCGAUGAGGGAGAUGAAGAUCACUCUCACAGGAAGAAGCUGGUCACAGACGAAUCAUUUCACAGUCAAAAAGUGGCCACACAUUACAACAAACUUCAGGAGUGUGGCCUGGUAGAGCGUAAUAAAAGCAGGAUAGUCCACAUGCGCAACUUCAACAACUGGUUGAAGAGCGUUCUUAUUGGGGAGUUUUUGGAUAAGGUGAGGCAAAGACGGAGAGAUAUAACCGUGCUGGAUCUGGGCUGUGGCAAAGGUGGGGAUCUUCUCAAAUGGAAAAAAGGACGCAUUGAUAAACUGGUCUGUGCAGAUAUCGCUGCGGUGUCCAUUGAGCAGUGCCAGCAGCGCUAUAAUGACAUCAGACGGAGGGGUCACCCAAACGACCGCACGUUCUCUGCCGAGUUCAUCACCGCAGACUGCAGCAGGGAGCUGCUGUCGGAGAAGUUGCGAGACCCCGAGAUGCAGUUCGACUUGUGCAGCUGUCAGUUUGUGUAUCAUUAUUCCUUUGAGAGCGAGCAGCAGGCUGACACCAUGCUGAGAAACGCCUGUGAGAGACUCCGGCCUGGAGGAUUCUUCAUCGGAACAACUCCAGAUGCGUACGAGCUGGUGAAGCGCUUGGAGGAGUCAGACUCCAACAGCUUUGGAAACGAAGUGUUCAGUGUGACCUUCCAGAAGAAAGGGGAAUACCCUCUGUUCGGCUGUCAGUAUGACUUCAACCUGGAGGGGGUUGUCAAUGUCCCAGAGUUCCUGGUGUAUUUCCCCUUGUUUGAGGAAAUGGCAAAAAAGUACAACAUGCGCCUGGUUUACAGGAAAACCUUCAGUGAAUUCUUUGAGGAGAAAGUUAAAGAUGAGAAGAACAAGGUUCUGAUGCAGUGGAUGCAGGCGCUGGAGCAAUACCCUCCGGACGAGAGGGGCCGACUGGCGUCCGACAGUCCAGGGGAGUAUGAUCAUGCCAAGAGAAUAGCUGCGAAUCCUGCUGUUAGACAUCCACUGGGAACCUUGAGCAAGUCUGAGUGGGAGUCUACAAGCAUAUACCUGGUGUAUGUGUUUGAGAAAAUGUCAUGAGUCUGAGGGAUUCACUAUCGAGCUGAUGAGUGAGCCACGCUUGUGGGAUCUCAUUGUCAUUCAUUCGGUUUCCAAAAGCCUGCUGAGCGUGUCCAUUCUGCAAACCAUCAAAUAUUUUUAUACAAACAGGGCUUUUCUUUCAUGAGUGUUUGUUUUUCAAGUGUAUUUUGAGCUUGUGUAAGGAAGUGAAUACAAAUGCAAAUGCUCAAUAUUCUGUCUGAUACUGUAUUUCUGUUUGUCUUUAACCUUUUCACCCGCUACCCUUUCUCUUCAAGUCAAGCGAUGUACUAACCUGGUAGAUCUUAGUCAUGCAGUCCGUUUGGGUUUUACUUUGAUUGUGAUCUACCCUUCCCUUCUAGCUUGAUUGAACACUGUCUUGAGUAACAAAACAAAGCUCUGUCCAUUUGUCAAGAAUAUUGUGUGAAGUUAAAACUAAAGUUUUAUUUGAUAUCAUGUUUAAUGUGUGACUGGGCUGGGAGUGGAGGUGUGUCCAACUUUAAUCCAUAAAAUCUUUUUAUUUUUAGUUUUUUUUUUUUUUUUUACUUGUCAGUUGUUUAGUAAUGAUGGCACAAUGCGUUUCUCUUCAAAUGUAUUUGAAUACCAGAAAAUAUGUUUAUUUCUGUCUGUACCCUUCUGAUUUCAGUAUGUAGAGUGCUAAAACCUGGUUUAGGAAUAUUAAACCUUGAAUUACAUCAAUUGUA